ACGCACACGCACGCACACACACACACACACAAACAGAUAUAGAGACAAGCAGACAGACAGUGUGUUCUUCCACUCUCAAACACACGCACACACACACACACACACACGCGCUCAGAGACAGCGGUGUGUGCGGUCUCUGUCCGGCUCUGUUCCCCGGCCAUGCGGGGGAGACGAUGGGGGAAGAGGCAAGAGUUUCUCCGCUUAAGAACUUCGUGGCUGGGGGGGUCGCCGGAGCCUGCCUGCUGCUGGCCGGACACCCGCUGGACACCAUCAAGGUGAGGCUACAGACGCAGCCUAAAGCCCCUUGCGCUCAGUAUGUCCUCUACAGGGGAACAUAUGACUGCUUCCGCAAGACCGUCACCAAAGAGGGUGUCCUCGGCCUGUAUAAAGGUAUGGGGGCUCCUCUGGCGGGCGUCGCUCCGAUGAUGGCCAUCAGUUUCUUCGGGGUCGGUCUGGGUAAACAGCUCCAGCAGCCCGACCCUAACAAACCCCUAACGCACACUCAAAUAUUCCUGUCUGGCUGUUUGGGAGGGGUCUUCACUACGGUGAUCGUGGCUCCAGGAGAGAGGAUCAAAUGUUUACUGCAGGUGCAGGCCAGCGGGGGAGGCUCCAGGUACGCUGGUCCUGUCGACUGUGCGAUCCGCCUCUAUAAGACUCAGGGGAUCCGCAGCGUGUACAAAGGGACGGUGCUAACUCUCAUCAGAGACGUGCCUUCAAACGGUCUGUACUUCCUGACUUAUGAAGUCCUCAAAAACUUCCUGACACCUGAGGGUCAAAGUGUUUCUCAGCUCAGCACUCCAAAGAUCCUCCUGGCUGGAGGCAUCGCCGGGAUUUUAAACUGGACGAUCGCUCUCCCUCCAGAUGUCCUCAAGUCCAACUUCCAGACAGCUCCAGAUGGGAAGUACAGAGGUGUGGUGGACGUCCUCAGAACGCUGCUCCGAGAGGAAGGACCUAAAUCCCUCUACAAAGGAUUCAAUGCUGUCUUUCUACGAGCCUUUCCUGCCAACGCGGCCUGUUUUCUGGGGUUCGAGAUGGCGUUGAAGGGACUGAAUGCAUUCGCGCCGAGCUUGUGAAAUAAGUCAGUGUGGACCAGUAUUUUAUGAAGCUGAAUUUUCAUCAGUUCUUGUAUUAUUAAAUGUAAUUUAAUUAUACAAUUAAUUAUCUUUGAUAUUCAUUCUUUGUAAUGAAGAUUUGACACUCACUUUUUGUGAGUAAUGAUACAACAUACGCACACUUAUGAAUGUAUGACAAUAUAAAAACGUAACUAUGAUAAUAUAUAUUUCUUUGAUGGGAGGCUUUUCUCACUUUUUGAGAUAAUUUGUGAUGUUUGUAAAAUGUCAUAUUUAAUUUUAUACCAUUCAGUUCAGAAUGGGUUUGAAUGUUUUUAAUCUACGAGCUCUGCCAAAAGUCAGAUUUAAUUGUAUGCUGGGCGAUGAAGUUUGUUUGACCUGUGUUCAGGCCGCGGAGGGUUUUCUAAGCUUUGUGAUUAAAGUGUUUGAAUAAAGGGUUUUUGAACUUGC